UAUAAAAUACGAAAAGUUCAUUCGUGUUGGCAGAAAUUGCAAUUUAAAUGUGAAUAAUUGCGUGGACACGGCUUGCAAUAUUUCAUCAUGUCCCUUAAAAUAAAUAGGGUACCGGAACACAUAGAUUUCCCAAAGGAAGAGGAGCAGGUGCUUAAAUUUUGGAAAGAAAUUGAUGCCUUUCAAAACUGCCUAAAGCAGUCCAAAAAUAAACCCAGAUAUUCAUUUUACGAUGGACCACCGUUUGCCACUGGACUUCCCCACUAUGGACAUAUUCUUGCUGGAACUAUCAAAGAUGUGGUCACUAGAUAUGCACAUCAAAAGGGAUAUCACGUAGAAAGAAGAUUUGGCUGGGAUUGUCAUGGUUUACCAGUGGAAUUUGAGAUCGAUAAAACAUUAGGCAUCAAAGGUCCGGACGAUGUUGAAAAAAUGGGCAUUGAUAAAUAUAAUGCAGAAUGCCGUAAAAUUGUAAUGAAAUAUGCCGAUGAAUGGGAACACAUCAUUACUCGAAUGGGCAGGUGGAUUGAUUUCAAGAAUGACUACAAGACUCUUUACCCAUGGUUUAUGGAAUCAGUAUGGUGGGUAUUUAAGGAACUUUACAAUAAGGGGUUAGUAUACCAGGGAGUAAAGGUGAUGCCCUUCUCAACAGCCUGCUCAACUCCUCUGUCAAAUUUUGAAUCUGGACAAAAUUACAAAGACGUUGUUGACCCCGCCGUUGUUGUUUCUUUUCCAACAGAAGAGGGUUUUUCGUUUCUUGCUUGGACUACCACACCGUGGACACUACCGAGUAACCUUGCUCUCUGUGUAAAUCCCAAACUACUCUACUUGAAAGUUAAAGAAAAAGCCACAGGUGCAUCUUAUGUACUACAAGAAAGUAGGUUUCCUGUUAUCUUUAAAAACACUGAUGAUUUUAUCAUUCAGGAUAAAUUUUUGGGUGCAACUUUGAAAGGUAUUAAAUACACUCCCCUAUUUGAUUACUUCGUGAAUCAGUGUCCAAAUGCUUACCAAGUGCUGGUAGAUGGAUAUGUCACAGAUGACUCUGGUACGGGUGUUGUACAUCAGGCUCCAUAUUUCGGUGAAGACGAUUACAGAGUUUGUCUAGCAGCGGGCGUCAUCACUAGAGAUCAAGAUAUUGUCUGUCCUGUUGAUGCCAGUGGCAAAUUUGUUGAACCUGUUAAGGAAUUUUUGGGAAAACAUGUUAAAGACGCCGACAAAGAAAUCAUUGCCAAUUUGAAAGCGAGAGGAAGACUGAUUCAGGCUGGACAAGUUAAGCACAGUUAUCCGUUCUGCUGGCGGUCGGAAACCCCGCUUAUUUAUAAAGCUGUCCCCUCCUGGUUUGUAAGAGUAGAGCAAAUGAGUCAAGACUUAUUAAAGUCUAAUGAGGCUACCUACUGGGUUCCCGAUUACAUAAAGGAAAAGAGAUUUGGCAAUUGGUUGAAGGACGCCAGAGAUUGGGCAAUAAGUCGCAACAGAUACUGGGGAACCCCGAUUCCAUUAUGGAUCUCUAGUGACAAGCAAGAGGUAGUCUGUGUGGGUAGUAUUGAGGAGCUUUCCACAUUGACUGGAAAGACUAUAACUGAUCUACACAGAGAAAGCAUUGACCAUCUGGAGAUUCCAUCAAAGAGGCCUGGUCAGCCACCUCUCAGGAGAGUCACAGAGGUGUUCGACUGCUGGUUUGAGUCAGGAUCUAUGCCAUAUGCUCAAUGUCAUUAUCCAUUUGAAAACAAAAAGGAAUUUGAUGAAGUGUUCCCAGCUAAUUUCAUAGCUGAAGGCAUUGAUCAGACCAGGGGAUGGUUUUACACCUUAAUCGUCCUAUCCACAGCUCUGUUUAAUAAGCCGCCAUUCAAGAACCUGAUCGCGAACGGUUUGAUUUUGGCUUCCGAUGGCCAAAAAAUGUCCAAAAGAAAAAAAAACUACCCCGACCCACUUGAGGUUGUUACACAAUAUGGCGCAGAUGCCCUCAGACUUUAUUUGAUUAAUUCACCCGUUGUCAAAGCUGAAAGUCUUCGUUUCAAGGAGGAUGGCGUAAGAGAUGUUAUCAAAGACGUGUUUUUGCCCUGGUAUAAUGCAUUUAGAUUUUUAAUGCAGAAUGUCGAAAGGAUCGUACAAGAGGAUAAGAUUGAUUACCGAUUUAACGAAAAGGCUGUUAGAGAAAAUGUUAUGGACAAAUGGAUAACAUCUUUCACACAAUCACUGAUCCAAUUUGUUACCAAAGAGAUGGCUGCAUACAGGCUAUACACUGUAGUGCCUAGAUUAACGAAAUUUAUCGAUCACUUAACCAACUGGUACGUAAGAAUGAAUAGAAAGAGGUUGAAGGGCGAAGGAGGUGUGAAAGACUGUCAAGUAGCAUUAGACACACUUUUCGGUGUACUAUUUGACAUGGUGAGAGUGAUGGCUCCGUUUACGCCAUUCCUGUCUGAGCUCAUGUACAAAACUUUGCGUCAACUCCUGCCCGGAGGCUCCUUAGAAAGUGUGCACUACAACAUGAUUCCUGAAGCUAAUUUGGAACUGGUAGAUACGAAUAUAGAGCGGGCGGUAUCAAGAAUGCAAUCAGUGAUUGAGCUCGGAAGAGUUGUGAGGGAUAGAAAAACUAUCCCUAUCAAAUACCCAUUACCUGAAAUGAUCGUUAUCCAUCAAGACCAAACAUACUUGGAUGAUAUAAACUCGCUAUUAAAUUAUGUUGUAGAAGAAAUGAAUGUUAAGAAGGUACUCCUCUCGAGUGAUAAGGUGAAGUACGGUAUUACUUUACGAGUGGAACCCGACCACAAGACUCUCGGAGCAAGACUGAAAGGGGAUUUCAAAGCGGUGACGCAAGCAUUGAAGGGACUGAAUAACGAGCAAUGCGAGAAGUUUAUCGCAGAUGGCUCUAUUACUUUAUCUGGUCAACUCAUAGAUAUUUCGGAAGCUAGAGUCAUUUUCCAAGCCACUGGCAACGAUCAGUACGAGGCUCACAGUGACAACGAUGUGCUGAUUCUCCUGAAUGUAACACCCGACCAGGACAUGCUCGACGAAGGCUUCGCCAGGGAAAUCAUAAAUAGGGUCCAGAAAUUGCGGAAGAAAGCACGUCUAGUUCCGACUGAUGAGGUAGACGUUUUCUACAGCGUAAAUAAGUCUAGUGAUAUUUUACGCAUCAUCAAUUCGCACAGAGAACUCAUUGAAAGCACCGUCAAGGCUCCUCUAAAAGACAUCGAAGCCCUGUCGGCAACAAAACCUACUAUCAUUGAAGAGACGCAAGAAUUAAAAGGCUCGCAAUUGAAAUUAGUCAUCACCUGGCGAAAAGAUAUCGAGAUGCCCGUAAACCCUUGGGCCAACAUAGUUCUACAAAACCUAACUCCUCGGUUUGGCGUUACGUCUAACCGAGGAAGUAUUAUCCUAAAAGAUAAAAACAAUAAGUAUUUAAGCUUAGAUGGUCUGCAUAAAGAAGUAGAGGUUCUGUUUGGUCUUUAUGGUGUGAAAUUCACCAUGUGGUGUGAUGGUGCUGAAGUGAAGAAAGUAGAGGAUUUGAAUACAAAGAACAUUAUAGUCUCUCUAAGCAAACCGAACGGGGUUGAAAGUCAAAGUACUCCAUAUUGCAAGUUUGUGAAUAUUACAAAUGGUGUCAAGUCUGGUACAUUCUUCUUAGAGAAUCCUCAAGGUCACCGAACAUUUACUCAGGAGCAGGCAUUGCAUUUUAUUUCCAAACAUUUAGGCUUAGCCGUGACAGAUAUCGUCAAAAAUAAGUUACAGUAAGCCUGUUGUUGUGAAUUGUCUGAAAAUUUUGUUACUCAAUAAGAAGGAAUGUAAUUCGGCGACUAACUUAUUGUUAUUAUAACUACAGUAUUUAUAAACUCUGUAGUUUGUAGCAUUUUAUUUAUUGCAAUAAAACAUUCUUACUUUA